AUGGAUAUCGAAAAGGUUUCGUUUAGCUCAGCCAGUAGCAUUACUGAUGGCAAAGCAACUCCAGUUCCUGUUGUCGCUCGUCAAUCCCGGUUCAAGCGAUUAGUUUUACGCCUAUUUUCAAAUUCUCGAAGUGGUUCUGGCAAAAGAAAAUGUUUUGGUUUACAUAACAGUAGCUCGCCUCAAUUCCUUGCACAUACACUAAACACAUUGAAAGCCGUCCAAGAUCAGACAUCAGCGGCUACUCCUAGGGAUUUUUCCUUCCAGAUGUUCGAAAAUGAUUUGGUUCUUCCACAAUCGAGACCUUUCUUUGACAAAGCAUUUGGCAAAGGUUCAUUGAAGGACAGCAGUGCAUUUCCCGCUGCAGUCCUGCCCGAAUUCGGUAACAUCACUCUGGGGAUCUUUGUCGAGUGGACUUACGAUCGCGGCAUUAGAUUAAUGCAAUCUGACGACGACACUUCCGAUGAAGAAAAUUCUUCACGCGAGGCGAUUCGUGGAACUAUACAUUUGUUUAUGGAAAUUCUUUUCUUUGCCGACAGGUACUCUCUCGGUGAAUUCCAAGAUGAUUUCCUCGAACUGUUCAUCCAGUUAUUGAGAGACGAUAAUUCACCACUGAAUAUAUACCAUGUUCGCCGAUUUCACAGGCGAACAUCGCAAGAUUCGAAUAUCCGUGUCUUCUUGGUUGAUUGGGUUGCUUUCAUCAUCCAAGAAAUUGAUGCUUCAGGGAAAUUGAAGGGAAAAAGUUCAGCAUUGAACGGUGACCUUUCAUUAAACAAGAGAGAAACCCUGGUUGAGCUACUUCACUUGCUUGAAGGUGGCAAGAUUCGACCUCCACAUGGAAAGUUUCCUGACCCUCGGGAUGCCCCAAGUUGUAUUUAUCACCACCACAGCAGUGGACAAAAGUGCCGCCAAAGAGUUCUUGCUGGUUCUUUUAUGUCGAAGGAUUUCAAAGUAAAAGCAUGA